AUGGCCACCUUAGCCAGGGGCAGCUUCACCGUGAGGAGCCUCUUGGAUUUACCUGAGCCAGAAGGCGGCGGCGGUGGCGGAGGCGGAGGCGGAGGCGAGGGUCAGGAACCGGCAGAAAGCUACACCGCUUCUCCCUUCCGAGCGUGGAUGGAAACCGAAAGAAGCCACUAUCUCUCAUCGGACGACAGCUGCGCCGAGAGCCGGCCGUGCCUGGCCGCCGCCUCGACCCGGCCGGCAGCGCGGGAGGAAGACGAGGAGAAGCUGAAGAAGAAGCGGCGGGUGCUCUUCUCCAAGGCGCAGACGCUGGCUCUCGAGCGACGCUUCCGGCAGCAGCGCUACCUGUCGGCGCCCGAGCGGGAGCAGCUGGCGCACUUGCUCCGCCUGACGCCCACCCAGGUCAAGAUCUGGUUCCAGAACCACCGCUACAAGAUGAAGCGCGCCAAGGGAGGCGAGCGGGGCGGCGCGGGGGGCGGCCCGCCUCUCCUGCGGCGGGUGGUGGUGCCGGUGCUGGUGCGGGACGGCAAGGCCUGUCAAAGCUGCAGCGGCGCCACCCCUACGCGGAGCCCCGGCGGGCCCCAAGGAGCCUUCAACCUGCCCGGCUACUCGGCGUUUCCGCAAAGCCUUUUCCCCGCCUAUCAGCACUUAGCGCCGCCUGCCUUAGUAUCCUGGAACUGGGGCUGA